UCUGUGCGGUCGGUUUUGUGUCACGCGCACGCGACCACGUUCAGGCAGAAAGCGUUCGGAAGGCGAUUUGUUUUGUUUUUGAAAAAAGACUCGGAACGGGAGGUGAAGUCGGAGACAGACGCACAGAACGACAGGCAGCUGGUUUGAGAACAGAUCCUCAGCAGGUUCAGUGUAUUUCCAGCUUCAGUCUUUCCCCAAGGACUAUAAGGUGUGGAGCCUCUUGUACGGAGGUGUACGAAAUGUCGAACGGUUAUGAAGAUCACAUGGUGGAGGAGGCGAAGGAUGCUAAGACGAACCUGAUCGUAAACUAUUUGCCUCAGAACAUGUCUCAGGAGGAACUGCGCAGUCUGUUCAGCAGCAUCGGCGAGGUGGAGAGUGCUAAGCUCAUUCGAGAUAAAGUCGCCGGCCACAGUUUAGGGUACGGCUUUGUUAACUAUGUAAACCCUAAUGAUGCAGAAAGAGCAAUCAGUACUCUGAAUGGCCUGAGGCUACAGUCUAAAACCAUCAAGGUGUCAUACGCACGGCCGAGCUCAGACUCCAUCAAAGACGCCAAUCUGUACAUCAGCGGCCUUCCUAAGAACAUGACGCAGAAGGAUGUGGAGGACAUGUUUACACGCUACGGACGCAUCAUCAACUCGCGUGUGCUCGUCGAUCAGACUUCAGGUGAGCAGGAAACUCCGUCUCAUCUCCAUAAUCUACUGCUUCAAGGUAUCACUUCAUCAACACUGUUCCUGUUCCUGCCAGGUCUUUCCCGUGGAGUUGCUUUUAUACGCUUUGACAGGCGCUCUGAGGCAGAAGACGCCGUCAAAGAGCUGAAUGGGCAGAAACCCGCCGGUGCAGCCGAACCCAUCACCGUCAAAUUUGCUGCGAAUCCUAAUCAGAUUAAAAACACACAGAUAAUCCCUCAGGUCUAUCAGACGCAGUCUCGCCGUUUCGGAGGACCUGUACACCACCAGGCCCAGAGAUUCAGGUUCUCCCCAAUGGGUGUGGACCACAUGAGUGGUCUUUCGGGGGCGAACAUGGGUGGGAGCACACAGACAGGGUGGUGCAUCUUCAUCUAUAAUCUGGGUCCGGACGCAGAUGAGGGAAUCCUGUGGCAGAUGUUUGGUCCUUUUGGUGCCGUCACCAACGUCAAAGUGAUCCGAGACUUCAACACCAACAAGUGCAAAGGCUUCGGCUUCGUCACCAUGACCAACUACGAGGAGGCGGCCGUGGCUAUCGCUAGCCUUAACGGCUACAGACUGGGGGACAAGAUACUGCAGGUGUCUUUCAAAACCAGCAAGACACACAAGUAGAAGGACAUUGUGGAAAGCUGCUGUUUUUAUAGUUUCAUUCAGUUCACACACGCCGCUCUUCACUCUGCUCUCACACACACAUCACGUCGCUACAUCACUGCAGUCAUAACGACCAUCGUAAAAUCCAUCACUUUAAUAUUGUGUUGUAUGGUUGAACUGAUUAUUGCCACAUGUCCUGUGUGUUAUUCCACUUUAUACCGUGUCCGUUGCCAUCUUUCUGCUCAUGAAGUAUAACAAGAUGGUCAAACUUUUGGGUCUCCCCCCGGAAUGCUAGUAAUGUUUCUCCUUUGUAUCAUAAUUACACGUCGACUAGCUUAGCUUUGGUAGGAUUAGUUGUAAUAUUUUUUUUUUCUUUGGUAAGUGUGUUUGAGAAGUCCCCCCCCCCUUUCCUUUUUUUUUUCUUUUCUUUAUUUUCCCUUAAGGUGCAUGACUGCCUGUUUUUGUUUUGUUUUGUUGGAAUUGUCCAGUUUGUGUAAUUUUCAGUGCUUGAUGUAAGUAUUGUUACACACACACACACACAGAGGGGUCACAGCUUGGUUGCUGUAUGGACGUCUGUAUCUAAUCUGAUAUGAUCAGCUGUAUAAGAUCUGAAAAUGUUCUGUUCCUGCUUAUAAUGACAAACGUUAACAGAGCAGUGUGUGUGAUGUCUUUGCCUCUGCUGUCUGUCUAUAUGCAGAACUGCAUGGAAAUCAUUGGCCAGCAUGUGGGAGAGGGCGGAGCCUGAUUAUGUAUGGGCGGGGCUAAUUUCAGAAACCGGAAUCUAGAUUUAUGUAUUGUGAAAUAGUUCCUUCUCUUGUCUCGAUUGUACGAUGAACACUUUGACACGGUUUAUUCCUGAAAUUCAGAAAUGUCUCACCGUCAAGUCUCUGCUUAUGAUUUAUUAUUAUGGGAUGUUUUAGACAUUCUCAGCAGUCACUAAUGUUGCAUCUGUACAGUGUUUCAACGUGUGAUGCCUUACAGUUUUAAAUCUAUUUUCCUCCAGUUUUUGAAUCCGUGGCACUUUUCCUGAUUGAGGCUGUUGUGUGUCGAGUGAAGUAAAAGUUGUUUGUUUAUUUAAGCGAUUCUUUAAGUUAAAAAAGAAUAAAUGAACUACAGAGCAGGUGAAAGUAAGAAGGACCAAAGAUGAGGAAAGUUCCCCUGGAAUAAUUACAAUAAAAUAGUUUCCCCAUUUCUUAUUUCAGCUUCAGGCCUUUUUCCCCUUUGUUAAUCUGUUUUAUGGCUUUAGUUGUAUUUUGUUUUGUUUGUUUUUUUUCUGACUAAUCAAAAAUGGCCAUUUGAUAUAUUUUUUUUGUUUGUUUUGAGUGACAAUUCUGAUCAUUAAAUUUUAUUUUCAUUUGCUGAAUAUUUUUUCGUUUAUUUCUUAUGUUUCUUUGCUUUCUUUUUCACAUCAUAUUAGACAUUUUUUUUAUUAUAGCUAAUAAAUUCCGUUAUAUACGUUUUUGUCUCACCUACAUGGUGUAGAAUUAGCUGCGAUUACAUUAACGUUUUAAGCAGAAGGACCAAGACACUGAAAGUGCGUUUUGUAAGUGUUUAUUUUAAUUCAUUUUUGGUCUGAGAUCCAAUUCAGUGUCCACAUUUAUUUGUCUGUCAUGCACAAGAACCACUAAAAACCAGUUGCUUCUGCUUUGUAAUUACAUCUGUGUCAACUUAAUUCAUACAACUGCUUAUUACAUUAGUAUUUAAUUGCCAUGUGCACUUCAGGAAGCUACUUAACGACAGCUAAUCUGUCCUGUUCAUACGUUGGCACAUAGUGAUAACAGACGUGUCUUUUGAUGUGGCAACUUUAUGAUGAUUAACUGCAGUGACAGUCUGAUGUUGAAUUCUUUCUAUGGUCAUUUCCUGGUUUCCCAAACCGUGAUUGGCUGAAGUCGAGCUGCUGAAGUCGUGUUGCAUUUAUUAUGGUUUAUAACUCUAUCACAAUACUGUAGAUACUGUGGGAUCCUUAACAGUAGUUACGUCAGAGAAACCAUGUUGCUAUGGUAACACACCUCUCUCUCUCUCUCGUGUCUGAUGUUGGACACUAGUGUUAAAGUCCUGCUCCACCCUCUUGGUGGUGAAUUCAUUGUGUGUGUGUGUGUGUGUGUGUGAGAGAGAACGUUAUAUUUAUUGUUGAACAUGAUUCAUGUCCUACAUGUACAGAUUUUUUUUUAAUUGCCUUUUUUUUUUAGAUCUACAGUCAGACUGUAAUGUGGUUUUAUUUCAAAUAAAAUUCUAAGCAAAUUCAAA